UAGACCAACACUGAGACAGAAACCAGGAACGAGACACGGGCCCGACAGAACUAAGACAGAAACCAGGAACCAGGAACCGGGUACCAGGAACCAGAUACAGGCAUAGUCCCGAUGUCUCGGGGUGCCUGGGGGAUUGAAGCACUAAGUGCUCUGCUGUGUCCGGCACUUGUUCUCCACCAGAAAACAGGUCUGCAGACAUUUACCUCCGGAGGGUUACGAGGUCCACGAGGGCUGAAAUGAGGUGCUGCAGAAACUGGGGAAAAUAGCAGAAACCAAAGAUGAACGCUUUGAACAGGCUGCCCAAAACUUCCACCAGCAGCAGGCUGAAGGCCAAAGACUAUACAAGGACUUGAAACAUUUCCUUAAUGCUGUCAAAGUGAUGCACGAGAGCUCAAUGAGACUGUCCCAAACUCUGCAGGAGAUCUACAACUAUGAGUGGGAGGGCUACAGGGACCUGAAAGUCAUUGCAUCGAACGAUAAUCUCCUGUGGGAAGAUUAUGAAGAGAAACUAGCUGACCAGGUUGUGAGGACCAUGGAGAACUACAUCUACCAAUUCAAUGAAGUUAAGGAGAGAAUUUCCAAGCGAGGUCGGAAACUAGUAGAUUAUGAUAGUGCCCGGCACCACCUCGAAGCAGUACAGAAUGCCAAGAAGAAGGAUGAGGCUAAAACCCUCAAGGCAGAGGAGGAGUUUGUCAAAGCACAGACGGUGUUUGAGGACCUGAACCGGGAGCUACAGGAAGAACUGCCUCUUCUCUACAGCAGCCGAAUUGGCUGCUAUGUGACCAUCUUCCAGAACAUCUCCAACCUCCGGGAUGUUUUCUACAAGGAAAUGAGCAAGCUGAACCAUGACCUAUAUGAAGUGAUGAGCAAACUGGAGAAGCAGUAUUCCAGCAAAGUCUUUGUGGUCAAGGGAGUGUCCAAGCAGCGAAGCUCCUUGGUCAUCUCAUCUCCAAUCCCUAGAUCCAGUGUUUCCAUAACUUCUGGGGAGGGCAGCCCUCUCACCUCCCCCAGUAGUCCUUCUCCUAUGAGUUCUUCUUCCAGAAGUCCCUCUCCUAUCAGCCCCUCUUCCAGAAGCCCUCCUCCUACUGUCACCUCCCUCUUUUCCUUGAAGAGGGAAAAAGAGUCAGUCUUGGAAGAUGAAAAUGCUCCAGCUACGGAACUAUCCCAGAAGGAAGACUCCCCUGAAUUCCAUGAUGACCCCUUUGAAGAAGAGAAGAGAGGGGACAUAGAUGACCCCAGUGUUGAAGAAAAGUUUCUGUCACCCUGCAAUGGCCCAGCUAGGUCACGACCCUCUUCUGUAGUUCAGGCUGAGCUGCAAGAUGAAGGUUCCCCCUCUUGCACAGCUCCAGUGUCCCCUGGAAUCUUGCCUUCUCCCAAGGAGAUUCCAUUACCAACCCCAGGAGUCUCCCAACCCCUAUCCCCUAAUGAAGGAUCAGGCCCAGUAAGGGAGAGAAUGCCUAGUUUCAAAGCUUUUAUAGCCCACAAUAAGCAACCUCCGCCUAAAGCCCUUCCCAGUCCAGGGCCCUUACCUGAUCUCAAGCCAGCUGAGAAGCCAAGAUCACAGACCCCUGAAGUCAGCCAAGAGGAUGGAAGUCCCAGAAGUUUUAAGGAGCAUGUUUCCCCUACUUUACCGAUCACACAGGAUUCCUCUGAACUUGGCACAAAGGAGGAGAUAAAGAGUGAAGAGAGCAAGGAACCAGACCAGAGCAAGAAGCGGGAUUCAGACAUUUCCCUUCAGAUGAAGGAAUGUCCGAAUGAGGAAAAAAAUUGAGCGAGAACUUCCCAACCAAGACCCCCACAUCCCAGCUUCCCAAACUGGGGAAGUGGCAGGAGAACAAGAAGCCAAAAGGCCAAGGAGGCCACACUCCAGCAGCCUCCCUUUCUGAACAUGUGAAUGCUGGCCUUCGAAAACUUAAGGGAGGAGCGGCCAUGGGUGAGAAGGGAAAGAGAGGGGUCCUUGGAAGGAAGAAUGUUUGACCCAGAGAAAACUGAAGUCAAGUUUGGGAAUUAUUAGCACAAUAAAGGCUGGUUUUCUUUUUCUCUUUAGUGAAGUGGGGCUUUAGGGAUUGUAACAAAAAGCACACACACACACACACACACGCACACACACACACUAUCACACAGACUCCUGUACUCACGUAGAAACACACACCAUGAACAGUUGUACAUGACUUAAAAAGCCAAAAAAGUCAAUUUUCAGAGUGUUAAAGGUAAAUAAACAAACUGUGGUUCUGAAUAUGCUUGUGUUCAAUUCAGCAAACAUUUAUUAAGCACCUACUAUGUGUUAAGUCCAUGUAAGUUAAGAUUUGAGAUCUACAUUAUUAGAAAGAGCAUCUACACUGACCAAGACUAAAUUACAGAUCAUAUGCAAGACACUUGGAGAUAGAAAGGCCAUCCUGCCUUCCAGGAGCUUCCAUUCUUUUUUAGGGGGAGUUACUAGCCAGGGUUAUACACCCACACACACACACACACACACACACACACACACACACAUACACCCCUUUGUAUCUGCAUUCCAGGGAAUAGUUAAGGAAGCCUCUGCAAGAUUCUGGUUUCAAAUAUAGUUCCAUGUUAUCUUUGA